UCAAAAUAUAUGGAGGCAGCCAGAACUUUUGAUAAGGACCGGUGCAAGCAGACAACUGACACUGAGAUUGACAACCUAGAUGAACUUUAUGAGAACUUAACUAAAGGAGUAUGAGGAAGAGAAAGUCAGACGAAACUUCCUGAAAUUAAGGAUGGAAAACUAGUGUCUUCGACUCCUCCUCGUGUAAGUACCCGCCAAAUCGAAAUUGAUGCAUUUACUGUGGAACCACUCUCAAAGAAAUCAUCAAAUUUUGAGAAAAGCAAUUAAAAAUGAAUUUGUUGCUAUGCUUAAACAAGAAAAUGAUGAAUUAAGAAAGCAGAUUAAUGACUUGAAAGUUACUUUGAAAAUUAAUAAAGAUUGCAUGAAAAUAAUGCUUGAACCAUCCAACCAGUUCCAGCAAGUAAAUGUAAUAAACUCCUUCGUGAAGGAGAACAUCAAGCUCCAGAAUGAAGUUUUCAGGGUCCAGAAAUAAGUUAAUUACAGUUUUACAUUCUCAAGUGUUACAGAAGGGAGCUGCUGCUAGAAAGGGCUCGGCUAGUUCUUCCAAGGGUCCUCCUUCCAAGGAGGAGGCUAAGCCUUGCCAAAACCCAGAGCAGGAGCCAGAACCUUCUGCUUUACAGCAGGAAUAUAUUGACCAGCUGAAAGAUAACAAUAAAGUUCUGAAGGAUUUGAUCAGAAAUAAAAAUAAAGAAAUUGUUUCGCUUGAAAUGACAAUCAAAUAAGGAUAAAAUUAGCAAAAGGAAGGAAAUCCAGGAAUUUAAAUAAGGAGAAAAAUGAUAUCAAAGCCAAACUCCGGGAAUGCCAGAACUUUGUCAAAGGACUUCUUGGCAAUUACAUGGAUGUUGCCAUCCCUGUGAUCACUGAUGAUGUCCAGAUCGUUAACGAUUGCUCCCAUCUUAUGUGGAUUCCUGAAAAAUUUACUGAAUCUCCCAAAUUAUUCCUCGAUGAUCAGAUCAUUCCUGAAAAUUUUGAGAAAAAUCUUGAGAAAGUCAAAGAAGAAGUCAAGAAAAUGCAGGACCAAGACCAAGGAGCUGAAGAAGAUGUGGAGGGAGAAUUUUAUGAUGAGCAAGAACAGAAGGACGAAGCUCAUUUUGAUAGCCAGAUUAUCCACUUCACUGAGCCGACUUUGAACAGGCAAAAACUCAGUCGUGGGAACAGUGCUACCGUGAUCAUGAUGGGGCGAGAAGAAGCAGAGCAAUUCUUGUCUUCUAGGCUAAGCCAUAAUGCAUUUUUCCAGCAGAAUAGAGGGAGUGUGAAAUAUCCCAGCAAAAUACCUGAACCAAUGAAGCAGCUAAAAUCCCUCAAAACUUUCAAGGAAAAAGGCCGAUGGAAAUUAAUGCCUAAAGAGAACGAACGGAAUGAUUGUGCAGAAUCUGAAAAUGGCGAUGAGUAUCCUGAAUAUGAUGAUUUUGAGGAUGAACUUGAGAAUGACUAUUACGAAGAAAUUUUAGACAGCCCUUGUGGAAGUCGAAAUACAAAUAAAAUAUCCUGGAAGGACAGGAGUCCUCCUUCUUCACCGAAGAACCGUGAUUCGAAUAGGAUAUCGAUCACCAACCUGAAUAAAUUUUAUAAGAAAUAA